GUUUACUUUGUAUUGUUGAUAUCUGUAAAUUGAGUUAUGAUUUUCUGUUUAUAUAUAUGUAUAUAUAUUAUGCAGUUAAUUUAUAAUUCUGCUCUAGACAUUCCUUAAUAUUAUAGAAUUUUUAUUUGAUGAGUGAAGAUAUUUAUAAUUAUUAUAUAUUGAUUUUCCAAGAUGUCACAAUACCCAAAUAUGCCUCCUCGCGGAAUUUUGCGAAACUCUAAUCAUAAUAGCAAUCGUCAAGCAUCUUCGCAAAGUAAUUCUACUCAUGGUUCUGAUGAGGUUUAUUCUUAUGAAGGAAGUACAAGGUACCUGUCUAAUCCUUCUAACAUGUCUAUUUAUGGUGAAGAUUUGAUGCAGCAAAAUAAUUCUAAAUCAUUGAAUAUAAAUGCUAAUUUGUAUGCUCAAGCAUUAGCUGCUAAAUCCAGUCUUGGUUUAUUGGAUGUUGGAAACAAUUCUUCUCAAGAGACACAGCGAUCUUAUGAUACUCAUCAUCCAUCUUAUCAAUCUCCCUUAAUAUCUUCAGAUAAAACACAUCCAAGAUUUUCUCAGCAGUCAAAGAGUGGUUUUCAACAAAACUCUGACCAUCGUUCAUCUUACUUAGAUGAAUUAGAAGAAGAAGAUUUGUUUACUUCUAAACAUAGUGAUGCAUCCAGAAAUUCAGGUCCAGAUCAAUCAGUUGCUUUUAAACCUAUAACAGAUUUCAACUUGAAUUCUGUUGAGGAUGAGGAUGCAUUUUUAUAUGGUGAUUCAGAUCUUCCUGAAAAAAAAUCAUUCCAAAAUGAAAUUACAAAAAAGGUAAGAUCUAUGACAUAUGGCGAUGAUGAUUUAUUAGACACUGAAACAUCUCAAUUUGAUAAGUAUAAGAAAUCUAAAUCAAAAGAAUCAAAUGAUGAUGGGGAAGAGCCCGGUAUAAAACUAAGUAUUAGUACAGUUAAAAAACGACCAUCUUGGAAUAAUUACAGUGAUGAUCCAAUUUCAGAUAACAUAUAUUCAAAACAAGAACUGUCUUUCUCUUUUAAACAACAUAAAGAAUCUUAUGAUGCAUAUUCCAGUAGUCCAUCUAAAUUAAAAGAAAAAAGUUAUGAACCGCGUUCAUAUUUGCAUCACAAUUUAGAUAAUGAUUCCAGGUCAAGCAUUUCUUUCAAAACUUCAAAAGAAAACUCUUUGCAUUUUUCAGAAUCAAACUCUCCUGCUAUAAAACGUAGUAAUUCUUCCUUGAAUCAGUCUGCCUCUGUAAACAAUAUAUCUUAUGACGACAAAUUUUAUUCAGAAUAUGAUGAACUUCCUCAGAAUGAAAGACGGGUUAUUUAUGAUAUUGAGAAAAGGUCUAUGGAUAAAUCUUUAUCAAGCGAGUCAUCGAAAUUUCCUAAACUGUUAAUAAAUGUUAAACAAGGAGAAAGCUCUCCUUCUAAAAGGGUGGUCCAAGUGAAAGAAAGUAGGCUUCCUUCUUCUAAGUAUACUGCCAAAGAAAAUUCUUUAAUCUCAACUCGCAACUUAAACAAAAGUAGUGAUUUGGAAAUAGAUAAGGAUGUUUACGAAACUGGUGAUUUAAGGAGUCGAAGAGCCAUUCAUGAAAAAGCAAAAAAGGGUCAGGAACUUGUAAAUACUAGUUUUAAAGAUGAAGUACGCAUUCUUCCUAAGCGUUAUAGCGAGAGCAGUUAUAAAAAAUCAGAUGACUCAUACAUGGAAGAACGGUUUAAUGAAAGACUACUAAGAAGACAUUCAGAGAGAUAUCAUUUUUUUAAAGAAGGAAUGGAAUCAUAUUCUGAAUACAGACUGAGAACUAAGAGUUAUAAAUUGAGAUCACCUGAUAGACACUGGUCGCCCAGUUAUAGUCCAAGGCAUAAAUCACCUAGUGACAGUCCGAGGCUUAGGUCACCUGAAUAUUAUAGACGAAGAUCUCCUAGUUAUAGCCCUCCUAAUUCUCAUUCUCGUUACCGAAGUCCAAGCUAUCACUAUCGUGGCUAUAGUCCAAAUUAUCGAUCAUUUGAUCCUAGACGAAGAAGUCCAGAACGAUCGUCUCGGAGAGAAAGGCGAUCUCAUGAAAGAAGCCCACAUGGACAGUCUAAAUAUUAUUCACUUGGAAAAGGUUCUAGUUGGUCAGUUGCAGAAAAAGAAUCACGGUUUUCUCAUGAUGUUAGUCCUGUGCCAAGUCACGAGAGCAAAAGGAAAGAAAAAAUUGUGUUAAAACGUGGACGAUGCUAUACUUCUGAAGAAAAAUCUGAUGAUGAACAAGAGCAUUCAAUUAUAGAACUUACUGAUAAAUUUAAAGGAAAGGAACCUUCUGUGAUUUUGAAAGAAAAUGAAAGUGAAAAAUUUAAUAUUAUUCCUGCUAAGAAAGGCAAGAUGUCCAUUCUUGAUGAAAAUAAGGAAGAAAUAUUCCAAAAAUCGCAGCAUCCUGAUGCUGAAACUAAGAUAAAUCAUGGCAUUGGAAUUGCGAAAAAUACUUCAGAUAUCUUUGUUCAAAAUGAAAAAAGACAAGAAAUCGCACAAGAUUUAACAGAUUCAAAAGAUAAGCAUUCUGAAAUGAUGAAUUCAUUGUUGACUUCACUUGGAAUCUCUUCUUCACAGUUCAGUUCAUCUGCAAACACCGUAAUAACCACUGUUGCACCAACUACACCUUGGACUUCAGGAUCAACAACUACUUUGGCCUCAGUUUCUACAGCUCCGCAGCAAUUGAACUUGCCAAAUGUUCAUCAAUAUGGUAUGCACUAUCCGCAGCGACUUUCUUCAGCCCCACUACAAAUGUACCCACCAUAUAUGUAUGGCAUUUCUACUGUUCCUAAUGUACUUGCUCCAGUAUCUCAUUUUCCUCCUUAUAAUCCUCUGAUUCCGCCACCUAUUUCUCCAACUUCUGCUUAUAAUUAUAGGCCUCCAGCGUUGUCAUCCUCUAAUGCUUUCAGUUCAACAAAUUUCCAGUCUAAUAUGCGAACAGCAAAUCCUAAUAGUAAAGGUCGCAUUAGCUGCCUAAAAUCUGUUCCAGUUGUGAACUCAGAUAGUUCUGAUACAUCUGGGCACCAGCCCUCUCCAAUAAAGAAUCAAAAUAACUCUUCAUCUCCUGCAAAAGAUAAAAUGACUGAUUUGUCUAGCAAAUCGGUAAAAAGUGUAUACUCCAAGAAUACUGUUUUAGACACAAGUAACAGUUCUAUUGAAACUGAACAAAAUAUGGUCGAAAGAUACAAGAAAGUUUUAGAAGAAAAGAAAAUCCUGCAGAAGAAAUUAAAAAACACAUCCGAUCAUACCAUUGACAUCAGAAAUUUGAUGGCAGAGUUAGAGAAUAAAUUAAAAUUAUCAAAAAGAGCUGCUGAAAAACAACUGAUUGUAAAAUGCUCUAGCUUGUAUGAAAGAGCAAAUGAGGAAUUGAAAAGAUAUAUUGAUGAAGCCAAACAAGUAAAUUUUCAGUUGAAAGAAUUGCAAACUAAAAUCAAACCGGAAACUUUAGAAAAAAUAACAAAAGAGGUUCCUGAAAAGAAAUCUGUGCUGCCUUUACCUGUCAAAUAUACAGGUUUUGAUACUGGAGGUCAUUGGUGUGACAGUUGUCUUCAGCUGUACCCUACACUUCCAAAAAUGCUAGAGCAUCUAUAUAGCGAAGAACACACAAAGCAUAUUGAUCCAUCAAAAGUAAUUGCAAAGGAGCCCCCUAAAGAAAAUUUUGAUAGCAAAGAUUAUAAACUUCUGCCUGUAAAAGGCGUCGAGUUCAUCAAGCCAUUGUAUGCCUUCUACUGCUCUUUAUGCAAGGAGACAUUGCCAAACCAAUCUUAUGCUGAAUAUCAUUUAAAAGGAAACAGUCAUAUUGAAAAGUGCUUGACUUUUCUCAAAGAGAAUCCUAUUUAUGAAAAUAAGCGUGAGAUUUUCAAGGAAGCUGCUAUUAUUUCUCUUGCCACAGAGAAAAGACAAAAAGAACUUGAGCAAGCUAAAAAACGAUUCAUUCAGGAAAAGCAGAGUAAUGAUAGCAAUCAAUUAAUUCUGCUUAAAAGACAGGAUAUUCUUAGAAUGAAACAAAAUAAGGUGCAACAACAAUUCAAAGAGAAUGAUAAAGAAUUGGAAGAAUAUAAUUUGAGUGCUCAAAAUUCACCUCAAAAUCUGAAAAAUGGAAUUAAAUUGACUUUAACAAAUGAAAAGAGUAAAACUGUUGAACCAUUAGAAUCAGCUGCUACAAAAGUAUCUGAAGUGAAACCCAAGCCGAAAGUAGUUUAUAUUGGUCGAGCACCUAACUACAAGCCACGAUCAAAAGGAAUAAAUAAAAAAAGUUCUGUACAUUCUGAAAUGAAGAAUGCUAGCUUAAAUGCAGAUAAUUUUAUUAAAGAUGAAGAAGGGAAUAAUUCUCCUAAUAUGUCUUCUAAAGAUGAAUAUAUUGCUACAGAUUUUGCAACAUUACCGGCAGAUGACAACAUUAAAAUGAUUAAAAAUAGAUUAGCUCUUCCUCCUAAAAAUCAUGGCAAAAACAAAACAGCAUCACCGAAGAAAAACAAAAAUAUUCCUAGUUGUCAAAGUGAAGCUGAGGCAAAAGAAUCUGAAAAUAUUGGAUGUGAUUCUGAUAAACAGUCAAUUAGAUCUGAGAAGACAGCUGAUAACUCUGAGAUAAAUCAAGCUAUCAAAAAUUUCAUAAGGAGUCGCAAAAAUGCUACUCCACUGAAAGGUGAUCAUUUACUUAGUGUAAAACCAUCAGAGUUGCCAUCAAACAUUCCUCCCCCCCAAGAGUCAAUGUCUAGUCAUAAGGUAUCAUCUCCUUUACAGAGAGAGCAAUCUCUGACUGAGGAAGAGAAAGAUUUUCUCCUUUUAGGUAUAAGUAAGUCUGAUAUGCAACCUUUGGCAAUUCCAAGACCACCUCCAUCAAAUUUAAUUCAUAAUCAUUCUGAUAAUGUGUCUAAAAUUCAGUCAUUUCCUCCUCCUAUCCAAGUACCACCACCUGAAAUAACUUCAAAAGUUCCACCACCAAACAUAAUAUCGCAGAUUCCACCACCAAAUAUUGCUUCUCAAAUUCCGCCGCCAAGUAUAACUUCAAAUAUACCUCCUCCAAAUUUAAUUUUGCAGUGGUCCUUGGAAAAGAAUCAACAAAGCUGUUCUGCUCUUUCUAAUAUGUCUUUGUCUAAUCAUGUUAAUUCAUCUGUUUCUGUACAGUCAUCACACAUGUAUGAUGUGGAUGAAGAUACUGGUGUAGUGGAUAUGGAAAUAGAUAAUGAUCUUGUUUGCUCAGAAAUCAAGAUUGGUUCUGAUGUCUGUCCUACAAAAAGUGAAUUAUCUUCUUUAGGUGAUUCAGUUAAGAAAGAAUUUGCAUCCUCUUCUUCAUCUGGAAUUGAAUUAUAUAAUGAAGAUAGCAUGCAGCAAGUAUCAGAUUCUGAUUUGGUUUCUAACGAAUAUGAUGAUAGAUUGAUACUAAAAAAUUUCUUAAGUUCUUUGAUGGAUGCUGUAUCAAAAAAAGUUGUUAAAGAUUCAAAAGAUAGAGAAAAUUCUGUUGAGUCCAUUUCUGGAAACUUAUUGCCUUCUACUGAUAAAGUCAUUGAAUCAGAUGAAAAGUCUUCAGAUGAUAAGUUUCAUUUCUGCCCUUCUGGAUUUGAACAAUCUGUUUCAUACUCUCAGUUUGAAAAUAAUGAAAAAACCAACAUUGUAAAGAAUAAAAAUGAUGUAUUUUCAGAAAUAACUGAGCAGUGUAGUAAUGAUGAAGUAGUAUGUAUAUAUGAUACACACUUGGAAGGUAUGCAGCAAAAUUUGUCAAUCGAAAACAUGCCAAAAAAGUCUCAAAAAAUUGAAGGGGAGGAAUUCAGUUUGGACAAGAAAGAAAAUGUGACAUUAACAUCAAAGACGAAAGGAAAACUUCAUGAUGUAAUGAUUGAUGAAACAAAUUCAUUUUCAUUGAAUGCUGAAGAAAAAACUAAUAAUCCUUUCUCAAAAAGUGUAGAUAUUAUAUGUGAUAGAAAGGAGAGAAAUUGUGGUACUGAUUCUUCUUUGAAAGGUCAAGAAAUCUGCAGUUCUAUCAGCAUUUCAGCACCAUUAAAGGUAACUGCAAAACAAAAUUCAGUUGAAACUCUCAAGACAGUUUGCAAAUCAGAACUCCUUGAGCCCAUUCAAUCUAUUGAUUCAGAAAGUCAACACCAUAAUAAAUCAAUAUCUUUUGAAAAAAUGUUUGAAAAGAAAAGAAACUCGUAUCCAAAUUUGAAUCAAAUACAAACAAAUUCUUUGUCAGAAAUAGAAAAAAAAGGAAGUCCGCCUUCUUCACCUGAAAUUGAAAUAAUAGAACCGGAUGAAAAAAUUUCUCGGUUAGAAAAGUUCUCCUAUAAGCAAUCUGCAGAAGCUGAAGAAUUUGAUGAAAACGUAGCAGAAUCUUCAAAUUUAACUAAAGAUUGCGCUUCGGAAAAAUCUGAAAAUGUUAACAUCAAAGAAAGCAUAAAAGAGGAAAAGAACAUGGAUGAGAUCAAAAUGACAUUCCCAUCAGAAGAUUCUCAGAGUCAACCUGUACCAAAUUUGCAUAAAUUUGACACAGAUGAUAUUAUAAGUAACAUUUCAACUGAUGGACCUCCUUUUUUAAGUGAAGAAUCUACAAAUAAGCACAUUAAAGAAGAAACAGAAGAAAAAAUUAGAACUGACUCUGAUACAGAUGAAUAUGAAGCAGUUGAAAAUUAAGUACACUUCUGAUGUUUUAUAUUGUAUAUUAUCAAUGUAUUUAAAAUAUAUGAAGAUAGUUUGCAUUUUUUUCAUCAAUUGUAAUGUAUUGUAUGUGUAUAAUAAAUAAAUAUUUAAUAAUAUCAAUCAUUUAUAUGUUUAUGUAUUAUAAUGAACUGUUUUUACUUUUAUGUAUUUAAAAUUUUAAUUAAAUGUAUGAAUAGUGAAAUUUUAUUUCAUAGUAUUGUGUAGAUAUUUUAUUUCUUUGGAUAUUAUUAUAAAAUUUGGCUAAAUACUCCGAAAUUAUUUAAAAUGCGUAUAGGAAGUUUACAUUAUUUCAUGAAUUGUAAUGUAAUGUAAAUGUUAAAUAUUGUCGAUCAUUUAUAUGUUUAUGUAUUGCAAUUAAUUGUUUUUACUUUUAUGUAUCACAAAGCUUAUAUUAAAUGUAUGAGUAGUGAAAUUUUAUUUCAUAAUAUUGUGUAGAUGAUUUUUUUGGGGGGGAGGGGAUAUUUAUAUAAGUUUGGGUAAAUACUCCAAAAUUAAUUAAAAUACAUUUAGAUAGUUUCCAUUAUUUCGUGAUUUGUAAUGUAUAAUAAAUACAUAAAUGUUUAAUAUUGUCGAUUAUUUAUAUUUUUAUGUAUUACAAUGAAUUGUUUUUACUUUUAUGUAUCUGAAAGGUUUAGUUAAAUGUGUGAUAGUGAAAUUUUAUUUCAUACUAUUGUGCAGAUGAUUUUUUUUUUCUUUGUAUAUUUAUAUCACGUUUGAACAAAUACUCCAAAAUUGGAUAUUUUUCAAAAAGGAAAGAAAUGUGAAGACUAAAUGAACGAUCUGAUUUUAUUUAAUUAAAACAUAAAAUUUGUAUGUGUUCCUUAUGACUAAAAUGGAAAAAUAUUCCCACUGUGUAGUCUCUAUAUCAUUUUUAUCAUCAACAAUAUUAACAAAAGUUCAUAAUAAAAUAGCAACCAUAUACCAUAAACAAGUAGGGUUUUUUUCUCUCUCUCUCAGAGAAAUUUCAAGAAAAAUUAAAAAAUUAUCAAGCCAUAAAAGAAUAAUCCAACUAAUAUAAAAUGAUGUUGUUAUGGACAAAUAAAAUUCCGCAAAAAUCCGACAACAGAUUCGCUUUGUACAAAUUUGGGCAGAAAGUCAUACAGGCUGAACAAAUAACCAAAAUAAAAAACGGUUUGCAGGUUUAACAUUGAUAGGUCACCGGAUUUUGUUUUAUUAUUAUAGGAGAUUAUAAAUACUUACGCGCUUGAUCGCGAAUAACAGUCUUGCCAUGAACUUUUGUUAUCAGAUACCGUAGAGAGAGAAGAAUUUGCGAAGUGGGUUCUCCAGAAUUGAACAAUAUCCCUAUUGGGUCUUUAAAAUCUUGUGGAUAGAUGACACUCAUUUUUCGAUCCAUUUCGACAGUAGUACACAUAACUGUCGCAUCUGGGCGACGUGUGUACGCUGAGAAACCAUUGCAUUCCCUCAAAGUCGCAAUAUGGUAUGGGUUCAUAGGUUCCUUCAAAAUAGGACCCCUCUUUGAAACACAGUAUCCAGUAAAUGGGUGGAAAACGACGAAAAUAAAUGCUGAACAUUAUUUAACGCUUCUGCGCGGAAAGUUUGUUCCAUGUUUGCGUGAAACAGAGCGCCUUCUACUCACGUUUGUGUAAAAUGGAGCAGCAAAUCAAGGAAUUCCUGAUACAGGCGUUCGGAGAAGAAAGAAUCACGUUACUAUUUCCGUGGCCUCCUCGGUUUCUAGAUCUAACACCGGAAGACUUGGUUAUGGGGAAAUUUAAAAUCCCGGAUGUAUCGAUUCCUUCCAGAUUGAAUAAUCUGUUCGGAAUUGAAAAAUGCAAACCGCCGAGAGCUGUUAUGUAUACAGCCGGACAUGCUGCCGUUUGCUGGAUAUGUGACUCGCCUGCAAUGUGUUAUCACUUGUGGUGGUGGUGGAACACAUAUUGCUAUAAUAAAUGAUUUGGUAUUUUUGUUAUUUGCGUGUCUUUUUUUUUUUUCAUUUAUGUACGAAACGCCAUUUAUUGCUGGGUUUUUUUAAUUAUUUUUUUCUAAUCUUAAAAAUAUCCCGUGAUUUAUCGAUGUUAAACCUUGUUUUGUGUCGCUUAACUUUCUGGAAUUUUUAAAGUUUUUACGGACUUUUUGCCCACUCUGUAGUUGGUGUAUGGUUUAAAACAGUAAGCAGACCUCAAUAGCAAAUAACAUUAUUAAUACGAAGGCACAAACGACAAAACACAGCUGAGGCUUGCACAAGCAAUGUAUAGCAACCCACAAGUAGUAAUCGGUAGUAACAACAAUACACAAUGCGGCCAGACAGAAUUCAGCAGAUAGAGGGAAUCUACGUAGCUAUUCUUCACGGUCUCUCAAAUGUCUCUUUGCUUUAGCUGUAUCCAACUGCCGACUCACUACUACACGACUCGAUGCUGCUUCUAUAAUAAAUUCCAGGAUUCUGCACACAGCUCAAUUUACGAAUCUCUUGAGCUGCACUUCGCUGACUAAUCCAACUGAUUCGCCGUUCUCUAUGCAACUCUAAACCUCUUGACGACUGACUUCAGCUUGGACUGCUGGCCUUUUGUAAUUUCCAGAGCAGGGCAGAGAAGAUUCUCAAACAAUUAAGUAAAUAUCCUAAUGGUUCUAUCGCCAAAAUUCUUGAAGAUCCUAGCAUCAUCCAAUUGUCGCCAAGCCGUGGGGUCAUUGAUCCAGCAUCCAAUAGAGAUGAUCGUAAAACGGUCUUUCCUAAAAUGGAACUAACCAUGACAGAUUCAAAACAAUUUAGUUCCUUUGUAUAAACUACCAGUAUAUAACUACUUAAUAGAGCAGAAAAUGUGCAAAGCAUAUAAAAGAAUAAUCAAAAUGUCUAAGUUCAUUUUGAGCCCAAAUAAUCCGGAAGAAGAGGUCAUCUUCCCACAAUUUCAUUAGAAUGAAAAGAAUGAGACUGAAAUAAAUUUUAGAACGUCUAAGAGAAAUCAAGGAACUCGUAACUAAUUUAACCAUGGUUAAAUCAAUUAUUUAGCCGUUAUCCAGAGGAAUUAUUUUUCCUCCGAAAAUGAACCGAAAACAAGCCGCUCAUGUAAUAAAAUUGUCAAUCAUACUAGGUAAUUGGAUUUGGAAGUUCAUAUUGAUAUUAAUAAUGUCACUGUGCUUUUUGAACUGGCAGUUUAUGAGUUUACAAACGAGAAACUGCAAUUACAGAAACUAACAUCUCAAACCAGGUUUGUUAAAUGACACAAGCAUGAUAAAAAAAAUCUAAGUUCACUCGAAAAAGUCUUAUAAAUUUAGGAGACAACAAAUUCUAAUGAAGAAUGCAUUCUAGCUACAAGGGAAGAGUCGUAUGUCAUGAAAUUUUUCUA